GUUGAUAGUGGUUACAAUGGAUGAUAGUGAAUAAUUAUGGACAUGCUUUCAAAAAGGCGUAUUCUGAACAAGUGGAGUUUGCAACAUCAAAAGUUCGAAGCAAGGCAAUCGAUCAACAGGGCUCAGUCACUCAGUACUAUGCUUAGUACUUUUUUAAAUAUCUAUCGGGAAGUCUGGCUGGGAGAAUGGAAGAAAUUCAGACGCUCAAAUGACUUCUUUUACAAAAACGUGGAGAGGAAAGGAAACACACAAAAAGAUGAUGCGAAUAGCAGUGUGUCAUAUGAAUCUCAAUUUUUUGAACAAGAAAAUGAAUUUGGGGAUUUGAAUGAACAAAGUGAAGAUAUUGCUGAAAAUUAUGACAAGCACCAAGAGUUAACCACCAAAACACAGGACUCUGAAGAUAUCUUUACCAAGCAAUCUAUCUCUAUUAUUACAGAGGAACCCAAACAACCAUGUCAACAUAGUCAAAGUCAUUUGUCACCCACUGGCCACUAUACUGGGCUAUUGUUACAGUUUGACUUUGCAUCAAAUGUAUCACAUCAGCAAUCCUUUGUUGUUCAUGAUUAUAAUGCAAACAAAAGAACAAUUAUGCAUAAUUCAUUUGUAUUUGUACAUCGAUAUCCCCACCUAUUGCUUGAUGGCUAUGGUUGGAUAUUGUGCUGCUCAUGUGAUGCAAAUAGAAAGCAAUUUGUUGAAGCCCUACCUAAUAAUAUACAAUUAGAUCCUCAAAAAGAAUCCACAUCCAUGAUGCAGUCUGUUUUCAGUGAUCAUUCCUACCAUGAGAUGCAACCUGAAGAAGCAAUGAGAAUGAUGCAAGCGAUUUUACUGAUCUUCCUGAAAAAAUGGUCAUAA